GGCGAAGGUAUGUGGUUCUGAUUCAUAAAGUGUGAAUAUUCUGGGAAUUUUUUUCUAGCACCAUGGCUGAACCAAUGACCUUAGGCUCUCCACCAAAUAGUCCAUCUUCAGGGAGUCAUUAUUUACCUUCUUAUUUAAUUGGUGAACAGAAUGGAAAUAUUAGCCAAUCUACACCUCGACUCUGGUCAGCAGUGGGAACCCCUACAAAAACAUAUUCUGGUUCAUCUCUGUCACCUUCCACGCCAGCUGUUCAGCUGUCUAAUUCUCCUGUUGCUGCUGGUUCAACUGGUUUUAGCAGGAGUAAUGUAUCUAUGAGCAAUCGAGGAGAUAUUUCAGAAAGGAACCUGUUAAGCAAUCAGCCAACUGAUAAAGCUGGAGGACCACCUGUCCAAAGUCUUUUUGAUAAUAUAGCCACUCCCAUCAGAACUCCUCGGUCACAGACACAUGCUAAAUCCAAGUUGAAGGCCAGUUCCACAGUGCAGGAGUAUUAACACCAAGUAGAAAUAUGAAUGAGUCCAGUAAGCCUGUAUCAUCACCAGCACAGGUUGAUCCAUUUUACAACCAAGGUAACUCCUUGACUUCUGAUGAUGAACUUGAGACAUGGGUAACAGUUUUUGGGUAUCCCAUUGCUUCAAUGUCUUAUAUUCUACAGCAGUUUUCACUUUAUGGAACAGUUGUUGAACAUAAGAUCUCACCUUGUGGCAACUGGAUGCAUAUCCAUUAUCAGUCAAAGCUUCAAGCUAAGAAAGCUCUCAGUAAGAAUGGAAAAGUGUUUGGAGGAAGUAUCAUGGUUGGUGUUAAAUCCUGUAGAGGAAAAAAGCUGACAGAUGAAUCUUCAAAAGAAAACUCCAUGUUUGAAGUAAGCACGCCUUCCUACCAAACGGAUGAGGAUCUGAACAGAAGUAAUCGAGUAGCAAACAUCAGGCCUCUAACUCGAGCAUAUAGAACAGCUGUUAGUGAGCAUGAGGUGACAUCCCACAAUCAAACACCACAGAAGACAAACAAUAUUAUAUCAAAAGCUAUGGAGUAUGUGUUUGGAUGGUGACAUAAUUAAUGUGCAUUUUUGAUAUUAAUCUUUUAUAAUUUUAUUUCUGAUGAUAAGGCAAGUGAUGAAUUGAUCAAGUUUGAUCUUGAGAAGUAGACAAUCAGUUGAUGAGCUAUCAUUGAAGGUUUAUUUGAAAUUUAAUCAAUGAUCUUAUUAAGGUUUUCACUGUGUGUUAUGAUUCAUGGGUGUUUUUGUUCCUUUUUAAUGAAUCAAGUAAUCGUAGAGUAAUGUUUAAUAUUGCAUCUUAGCUGAAAUUGUGGCAAAUAUAUAUUUGAUAUAAA